AUGAAUCUCAUUUUGCUAGUCAUGGGCUACACAGUACACACGCUACGCCACGGCGGUGUAGUGCUGCAGCGCGGCGGCGGUGUGGUGGUGCAGCGCGGAGGUGUCGCUGCGGCACGUACACAGUACACAGUACACACGCUACGCCACGGCGGUGUAGUGCUGCAGCGCGGCGGCGGUGUGGUGGUGCAGCGCGGAGGUGUCGCUGCGGCACGUACACAGUACACAGUACACACGCUACGCCACGGCGGUGUAGUGCUGCAGCGCGGCGGCGGUGUGGUGGUGCAGCGCGGAGGUGUCGCUGCGGCACGUACACAGUACACAGUACACACGCUACGCCACGGCGGUGUAGUGCUGCAGCGCGGCGGCGGUGUGGUGGUGCAGCGCGGAGGUGUCGCUGCGGCACGUACACAGUACACAGUACACACGCUACGCCACGGCGGUGUAGUGCUGCAGCGCGGCGGCGGUGUGGUGGUGCAGCGCGGAGGUGUCGCUGCGGCACGUACACAGUACACAGUACACACGCUACGCCACGGCGGUGUAGUGCUGCAGCGCGGCGGCGGUGUGGUAGUGCAGCGCGGAGGUGUCGCUGCGGCACGUACACAGUACACAGUACACACGCUACGCCACGGCGGUGUAGUGCUGCAGCGCGGCGGCGGUGUGGUGGUGCAGCGCGGAGGUGUCGCUGCGGCACGUACACAGUACACAGUACACACGCUACGCCACGGCGGUGUAGUGCUGCAGCGCGGCGGCGGUGUGGUGGUGCAGCGCGGAGGUGUCGCUGCGGCACGUACACAGUACACAGUACACACGCUACGCCACGGCGGUGUAGUGCUGCAGCGCGGCGGCGGUGUGGUGGUGCAGCGCGGAGGUGUCGCUGCGGCACGUACACAGUACACAGUACACACGCUACGCCACGGCGGUGUAGUGCUGCAGCGCGGCGGCGGUGUGGUGGUGCAGCGCGGAGGUGUCGCUGCGGCACGUACACAGUACACAGUACACACGCUACGCCACGGCGGUGUAGUGCUGCAGCGCGGCGGCGGUGUGGUGGUGCAGCGCGGAGGUGUCGCUGCGGCACGUACACAGUACACAGUACACACGCUACGCCACGGCGGUGUAGUGCUGCAGCGCGGCGGCGGUGUGGUGGUGCAGCGCGGAGGUGUCGCUGCGGCACGUACACAGUACACAGUACACACGCUACGCCACGGCGGUGUAGUGCUGCAGCGCGGCGGCGGUGUGGUGGUGCAGCGCGGAGGUGUCGCUGCGGCACGUACACAGUACACAGUACACACGCUACGCCACGGCGGUGUAGUGCUGCAGCGCGGCGGCGGUGUGGUGGUGCAGCGCGGAGGUGUCGCUGCGGCACGUACACAGUACACAGUACACACGCUACGCCACGGCGGUGUAGUGCUGCAGCGCGGCGGCGGUGUGGUAGUGCAGCGCGGAGGUGUCGCUGCGGCACGUACACAGUACACAGUACACACGCUACGCCACGGCGGUGUAGUGCUGCAGCGCGGGGGCGGUGUGGUGGUGCAGCGCGGAGGUGUCGCUGCGGCACGUACACAGUACACAGUACACACGCUACGCCACGGCGGUGUAGUGCUGCAGCGCGGCGGCGGUGUGGUGGUGCAGCGCGGAGGUGUCGCUGCGGCACGUACACAGUACACAGUACACACGCUACGCCACGGCGGUGUAGUGCUGCAGCGCGGCGGCGGUGUGGUGGUGCAGCGCGGAGGUGUCGCUGCGGCACGUACACAGUACACAGUACACACGCUACGCCACGGCGGUGUAGUGCUGCAGCGCGGCGGCGGUGUGGUGGUGCAGCGCGGAGGUGUCGCUGCGGCGUCGCGCGGCGAGCACGAGGCGCGCCAGCAGCGCGCGGUGCUCCCGCUCGGUGUAACGCUCGUACGACUCCAGACCCUCUUGAAGCUUGAGAAUUAA